UUACAAUAUUGAUGAGAAUAUAUAAGAGCAUAAAUAAAGAUGUACAAUGACCUGCAAGGUGCUUUCAAGUGGCGUGCAGCAAUGCAACCAAUACUGGCCAAAGAUCAUAUUCCCUUGAAGGUGGAUUGCUAUAUAAAAGCAGGUUGUGUCACUGCAUGUGUGUUAGACUUGAGAGGAACGCGAAGCCAGUGCCUGCUUACGAUUAGUGCCAUGCUUCAAGGCCAAUCCAAAGUGAAGGUUAUCUGCAGGCAGAGAGAAACGAUGGUUAGAGGGAAGGUGCAAAUGCGACGAAUUGAGAACCCUGUCCAUAGAAGGGUAACCUUCUCCAAGCGACGGGAAGGACUACUCAAGAAGGCAAGAGAACUCUCAGUGCUUUGUGGUGCUGAUGUAGGUGUCAUCAUAUUUUCCUCUACUGGGAAAGUCCAUGAUCUGGCAACUAAUGGAAAUAUGCAAAGCUUGGUAGAGAGGUACCAGAGCAUAUCGCAGCAAGAGGUAAAAUGGAAAGCAAGAAUCUACAAAGCCAGGUCGCAAAUAAAUCAAAGCAGGUCCAUUGGAGGGGGUGAAGAGAACAUGAGACUGGAUAGACUGCAUGUGCUAGAGAAAGGUCUUGAACUAUGGUAUUGGCAAACACGCUCCACAAAGGCAAGACUCCCCUUCUAUUUUCAAACUUUUCACAUUAGGCACAAAACCAAUUUGAAACAUCUUUUAUCAGAUGCAGAUCAUGCAGCAAGAAAUUCAAGUUCUUAAAAAUAAGGUCAGCCUCAAUGUUUCAUAAUCUUCCUUGAUGUUUGAACAGAAGCUCCUUUAAU